CUUUCUAUACUUUGAGAUUAACCACACUCCUUUUAUGCGCAGCCCCUACUGUUUAUUUAUUUUAAAUCCCACCUAAAUAUCUCUUUAUUUUCUGAAGAAAUCACACUGUGAAGUGUGGUUCGUCUUCCGAUAGUGGGGGGAAAUCUCCGGUUCAAUUUGGAGAUUUUGACGGCCAUUGUUCUGGUCAUAUUUCGUGGUUCCAAGAUGGUGGUGCAGGGUUUUACCGUUGACUUAAACAAACCUCUCGUUUUCCAGGUUGGCCAUCUUGGUGAAGCUUAUCAGGAGUGGGUUCACCAGCCAAUUGUCAGCAAGGAAGGCCCUCGUUUUUUCAAAAGUGAUUUUUGGGAGUAUUUGACACGGAACGAAUGGUGGGUGAUUCCCCUUAUUUGGCUCCCGGUUGUUUGCUGGUCCCUUUCAAGAGCCGUUUCUUUUGGCAAUACAAUUCCCGAGGUGGUAUUAUUGACAGUAUUUGGCAUUUUCGCCUGGACAUUGGUCGAAUAUACCCUUCAUCGCUUCCUUUUCCACAUUGAGACAAAGAGUUAUUGGGGUAACACAAUGCAUUAUCUUAUCCAUGGUUGUCAUCAUAAGCACCCAAUGGAUGGUCAACGCCUUGUUUUCCCUCCUGCUGCUACAGCUGUGCUUUUAUUCCCAUUCUGGAAUUUGAUAAAAUUAAUUUCCACUCCGAUGACUGCUCCUGCUGUAUUUGGAGGGGGUCUACUGGGAUAUGUGAUGUACGACGUAACUCAUUACUACUUGCACCAUAGCCAGCCAACCAGUGAAUUCCCCAAGAAUCUCAAGAAAUAUCAUCUAAAUCAUCAUUUCCGAGUCCAGGACAAAGGCUUCGGCAUCACUUCAUCACUAUGGGAUAAGGUUUUCGGAACUCUGCCUCCUUCAAAACUUGCUGGCAAAAGCAGAUGAGAAAUUCUUCACCAUUAAUGAAAGCGCUUCUUCUUCGAUUCUUAGUUUAAAUUAUCGAUGAAAACAUUUGUUCAAUCAUUAUUCAAUUCUUAGUUUGUAUAAUUCGGUUAUCGUGUUGCUUAGCUGCACUUCCUCUUCGGUUGCUUGUAUAAUGUAUCAUAGAAGUUUCAUGAAUUGAGAAUUCCAGUUAUUAAAUUUUAUUGGUUCUUCAGUGUGU